GACGACCCAUACUUUACAAUCCCGCGCAUGCGUAGUUGUUGUCUGUCAGACAGCAGCAGCCAGUAAACAUGGCUGGUGUUGGUUUCCGACGCUGGGCUCAAGCGCUUUCUAAAGGGAGAAGGCCUGGAGUUUCAGCUCUUCUGGCAGGAUGUAGAGCUGCCUCUGGUAUAAGCAAGGAUACUCUGCCGGGUCCGUAUCCGAGGACCCCAGAGGAGAGAGCCGCAGCUGCAAAGAAGUACAACUUGAGGGUUGAGGACUAUGAGCCGUAUCCCGACGACGGAGAGGGGUGUGGUGACUAUCCAAAAUUACCAGACAUAUCUCAACAGGAGAGAGAUCCCUGGUACCAAUGGGACCAUCCUGAUUUGAGGAGGAACUGGGGAGAGCCAAUGCACUGGGAUUUUGACAUGUUCAUCAGGAAUCGUGUGGACACAUCACCCAGCCCUGUCCCCUGGUCCUCUAUGUGCAAACAGCUGUUUGGUUUCAUUGGAUUCAUGCUGUUUAUGUUUUAUGUUGGAGAGAAGUUUAAAUUCUACCUACCUGUUGCUCCAAAACAGUAUCCCUACAAUAACCUGUACUUAGAGAAAGGAGGAGACCCUGAGAAACAACCGGAGGAAGUCAAGAAUUUUGAAAUCUAACAACUUGAAUCUGACUUUACUUGUCUAUAUAUAUAAAUAAUCCUGUCACGAAUAAAGACCUAUGUUAAAAAAUUA